ACUAGCUGCGGUUAGCACAGAGGAGUGGAAGUGAGUGGCAGCAAAGUUUGUCUCUGCGAGAUUUAUGGGUCCAGCUGCCGUUUAUAUGUAUUAAACACAUGUCGGGCGACGUCGUGGUUAGCAGGCAGGUCUAUCGCUGGUAGGAGAGGAGGGGAAAUUGUGUUCCAUGAAAAUGAUUUUCUUACCACUGUCUGGUAGGCCAUGAUCGGCUUGUCAAGUUAUGCAGGGGUUAUGGAAAAUCUAAUGAAUUCUGCUGAAGAGCAGCAACCCUCCUCUCCCCUGGCCAACUCAUGGUCCACAAAACAGGAAUCAAGCAAGAAUCAGAAGCCAAAGCAUGUUGGCGGAUUUGUUUUAGUGCAUGCAGGAGCAGGAUACCAUUCUGAAUCUAAGGCCAAGGAGUACAAGCAUGUGUGCAAAAGAGCCUGCCAGCGAGCCGUGGACCGACUCAAAGCUGGGGCACUUGCAGUGGAAGCAGUGGCUGCAGCACUGGUUGAACUUGAGGACUCUCCUUUUACAAACGCGGGCAUGGGCUCCAACCUUAAUUUGUCAGGGGAAAUUGAAUGUGAUGCCAGUAUCAUGGAUGGGAAGUCGCUGCAUUACGGCGCCGUAGGGGCUAUCAGUGGUAUUAAGAACCCAGUCUUAGUUGCAAACCGUCUACUGAGUGAAGCACAGAAAGGGAAACUAUCAGCUGGCAGAAUACCACCCUGCUUUUUAGUGGGGCGAGGAGCACACGACUGGGCAGUCAGUCAUGGAAUACCACCAUGCCCCUCAGAGAAAAUGGCCACCAAGUUCAGUUUAUCUGCAUACAAGAGGAACAAGCGAAAAAUGGAGCUGGCAGAAAAAAUGGACACGGGACAUAAUCAGGCCAAGAAAAGACGACAAUCAAGUGAAAAUGAAAAUGGUUCAGGGUGCCUCGACACGGUGGGAGCCGUUGUGGUAGACCUGGAAGGGAAUGUAGCUGCAGCGGUGUCCAGUGGAGGUCUGGCCAUGAAGCAUCCCGGCAGGGUUGGCCAGGCUGCUCAUUAUGGAUGUGGCUGCUGGGCUGAAAAUGCCUGUAACAUGAACCCUUACUCUACAGCAGUGAGUACCUCAGGCUGUGGAGAGCAUCUGAUUCGCACCAUGCUGGCACGGGAAUGCUCUGCUGCCAUGCAGUCUGAAGAUGCCCACCAAGCACUGCUGGAGGCUAUGCAAAACAAGUUCAUCAGCUCACCCUUUCUCGCCAGUGAAGACCGUGUUCUGGGUGGAGUAAUUGUCUUGCGCUGCUGCAGAUGUGUGGAAGCUCAACCAUCUCAAAAUAUUCAGGGUAUACUGGUGGAGUUCCUAUGGAGUCACACCACAGAGAGCAUGUGUGUCGGCUACAUGUCUGCCCAGGAUAGCAAAGCAAAGACACACAUAUCCAGAUUACCACCUGGGACCGUUCCUGGGCAGUGCUUGGCCAUCGAAGGAGGUGUGUGUAGACUGAUGAGUGUGGUGGAGUGAGCUGCAUUCGCCCUCCCUCCGGGCUUUUUCAGCAAUACUUCAAUACAAACCCUUCCACUCAACCACACACGCGUGCACACCGCCCUCAGCUCCCCACCACCUCUGUGACACCAGAAGUAAUAAGCUUUAGCUGUUUUAACAGGUGCCCAGAAAGGAAGGAGGGGUGUUAGCUUGUACUUAGUGCACUUACAGGACUUCCCUUUGCUGCCUCCAGCAUGUACUCUAUGCCCCCCCUGCUUCCGAGAUCUCCAGUGUCACCUGGAUUAGACUUGAUGCACCAUUGCCUUGAUGCACCAUUUUUUUGUUAUUACUCCUUUCCUUUCCUAUUCUUUUUUUUUUUUUCCUUUUGUAUAUAAGCUAUGAUUUAGGAAAACAGGGUGGAUGUUCAUGUUGUUUUGUAUCGCUGAACAGAUGUGACUAUUUUCAGACACUUAGGAAUUUCAAAUGCAAGACCUUAUUUUGUUCCUCAGCUACUUUUCAAGUUUAAAAAGAUGUCAGAUUGCACCUUGUGGAAUGCCUGCUACUCCAGAUAAUUGUUAUGAGUGAAGCAUUUAUAGCUGUGAGAGUGAUAAAAGCAAUUUAUAAUGUUAACACGUACGACUUCCAUGUACUUGUACACACAUAUUGUUAUUAAUCCUCCAGCAUACUGUAUAAUGUAGCAUAAUGUGCAUCUUAGCUCAUGAUGAAUUUUAUAACCAUUUCAGCCAUAGAAUGCUUUGCUUUGAUUGUUUUUAAAUGUGAAUACAUAGCUAUUGCAUGUGCGGAAUCUACAGUAAGCCACUUUGUGUUCUCCGACAGGCGUAGAAUUGAUCAAGAAGCAGGAAGCUAUGCACUUCCAGAUUGAUGCUGAUACAUACAUAGUGCUCAGGUAGCAGCAUUUGACCCCAUCGCCAAACAUGACUGUUAGUCAUCAUUUAAAAAUGACAAUUUAUAUUUCUAUAGUUACAUCGACAGAGACAUGUAUUUUCUUGCUAAAAAACAAAAAUGAUCACUAAAAACUAAUUUAUGUAUCAAGCCCGUGAAUUGGUGCUGUUGAGAAUUGUACUUGAAAGAAGUAAGGAUCUAAAUUAGUGUUGGGAUAAUCAGUUCCUCUGGUUUUGCUGUUUCACUCAGUUACUACUAAGAAUUCCAGUCUCAACAAAACCAUAAUAGAGCUUGUUUAUUCUUUACUUGAAAAUGCAACUAAUAUAAAAUGGUAUAAGCUAUGGAAAUGGUAAUAUGUGCACAGCUCUCUACAGUGCUCAAAAAGUAAAUAAAAUCUAUGUUGCUACA